AUGGGCAGUGGCAAAGAGAUGCCACACACUACUCGAUGUCAAGUUAGGGCGAGAUAUCAGCAGCGUCUAGCUUGGGCGACUGUGACUCGAACUAAAAGUUCGAUACACGCAUCAGGAAGCAAUGAACCAUGUAUACAACCCCACCCGUUACAAGCGGACAGGGACAACGUUAUUCCAGCUGAUAUACAUCCUUAUAUACCAGAGAAAGGUUCGCAAAGUGCCACGAGUGGAAGCGCGAGCGAUAUGGGUGUGAGUGUGCAAUGCGUAUUCGAUAACCCACACUAUUGUGUAACCCCUGGGCAGAUGUUGGUCGCCUAUGAUGGAGUAGUUUGCUUAGGAGGUGGCGUCAUAGAUGGCUUUGGUCCGACAAUGUAUACGACUCAGCGAAACAUCAAGGACGGUAUGGUGGGUGUGGGCAGAGUAACGCAGGACGAUAUGACACCCGGCAGUGAAUCAGAUUGAAGCGUCUUGAAAACGCGUAGCAAGGUUUGUAUCAAAAGUGGAAAGAAUUUGCCAUACACGGUUUCGACAUGUCCUCGUAGACCUGUCAAUUUAUCCGUCUUCUAUUUAUACGUUUUGAGGAAUGGUCGGGCGCAAUAAAAUACGUCGUUGCGGAGUAAAGCGCGAUGCUCGGAGCAGGCGGUAGCGACGCACACUGACACAUAUUGAAAUAUGCGACAAAUAGCGUAAGAAAGUAGAACGUGGAUUACUAUGGGAACAAACAGCGUACGAAAGUGGAGCGUGGAUUACUAUGGUAGGCCGGACCAAGUCAGACUAACACGUUCUACUGGCGCACGGUAGUUUGGCCACUACGCAACUUGUGAGUGCUUGUUUGCUUGCAGCGAUCAUCGCUGUAACUGUGUCUUGUCACACACGUGGAAAGCACCGUCAAAUCGGUCGGGCAAUGGGAGAUCGAAAACGUAGAAGGCAUAGUGCUGGAUUGGUAUAGUGCUAAAUUGGUUGUGGUCUCGGGCUUCGGCCAUUGUGUCUGCAUUUACACAUCUCGAUAACAUUGACCAUACACAUCGAGCCGUUGCGUAUCCUGGAGACUAUACGCAUAAGGCAGCUCCGAUGAUAAAUGCGCACCUAGAGGCAUGCACGAGAAACCUGGUCUUGUCUGAAACCGUGAAAGACUUUAUAGGUAGUCAUGAGUAAGAGCUCUCUUUUGCAAGUGCACGACAGUAAUGCCAAACGCAUUCUCAAUAUAAGAUGAAAGUUAUUACAUCAACAUAUAUAUUAAAUAAAGUACGU